GUGUGUGUGUGUGUGUGUGUGUGUGUGUGGCCUGAUGAGCAGCGUCUCUGUAUAUGUAGGGAGCUCGAGAGAGCGGAAUAAAGCAGUGGUAUACUUGGUUGUUGUCUGUUGUAUCGCCAUUGUUGUGCCUCGUCCUCCGACAGUUCGUUUCGUUACAAUUACCUCAGCGCCCAAGUGCAGUGCCGCAUCUCCAGUAAGCAAACACAAUGAAGUCGGCGUCCCUCCCCCUCGCGGCCUCCCUGCUGCUGACCGCCACCGCCGCCGGCGCCGCCGGCAAGCCGCCCGCCCCCCAGGCCAAGACGACCAUGGCCGACAACUUCCCGUGGCGCGACCCGUUCGCGGCGGCGGCGGCCGGCUCGUCCGCCUACGCGGCCGCGUGCGAGGCGUCGGCGACGUUCCCGGCGGCGCAGUACACCCUACACGACCUCUUCGAAAAGCCGCCGACGGGCCUCUUCAACUACGCCGACGGCCUCAAGGCCUUCUUCUCCGGCCGCGAGUACCCCGGCGGCUGGGCCGGCCUCGACCGUCACAUGUACGACCGCAACGUGCUCCUGAUGGAGUACGCCGACGUGCCGCCGCGCGCGCGCGCCUGGAUCGAGGCGCAGGAGCGCCGCGACGGCGACGGCAAGGGCCUCUUCGCCGUCUUCGACAAGCCCGCGUCCGCCGACGACAAGGUGACGCAGCGCGUCGUCGUGCCCCCGGAGGGCGAGGGCGAGGUCGACCGCGCGCUCGACGGGGACAGGGUCGCCAUCUUCGCCCCCGGCGCGCUGUACCACGUCCUCCCGCUGUUCGUCGCCGACGGCAGCGACUGCGAAGACUCCCUCGCCGACCUGGGUAACUACAAGGCCGUCCCCGAGGACGGCGCCGUCGUGGCCUGGCCCGUCAGCCACUCCCGGCCUGAUGUCGACAACCACAAGCGGGACAUCAAGUUCACCGUCAAGGCCCAGGUUCUGAAGCGCAAGGAGGGCGGGGCCGUCGACGAGGAGGAGGAGGAGGAGAAGCCGGCGCCCUCGGAGCCGGUGCGGGAUGAGCUGUAAGGUGAGACGGAGGAGAGAGACGAGCGAGGCACACACACACACACACACACACACACACACAUGCAUAGUCCACUGUAUUCUUACCUGCGUAAUUUCGGAUGCAUAACGAUACAUUACCACUUGGCUGGCUGACGCUUGUCCAUCUGGCAUGUGACUGUUUAAUUACCCUGCACAUGUACUCCACUCGCUGGGGGCAGAGCCAUAUGUUCGUCCAUCGAGAUAGCAUUAUUAAUCCGAAUCCUUGGCGUUUUCCUCCGUGAAACUCCACGGAGUCUUGUGGCCGCCACGGUGGCUGAGGACCCCUCCCCCGGCGUCCGUGGAUCUCACACCGGGGUUGACCGAGUCUCAUCGAAUCUCACCAUGCUUCACCGAGAUGUCCUAGUAC